CUUGAAAAGAUGCAAUUUGUGUACUGAGAAAAGUUUGUAAACAGAUUCACAUAUUGGUUUUUUUAAAGACCAACACAGUUACUGAAACAAUCGCGUAUUCGGUUAGGAUUAUUCUAAAAGAUGAAUGUAUCAAUCGAGCGGAAACGAACCGACUGUGCCACUUUACCGAAAGGCUGGCAACGAGAAGAAGUCCUUCGAAAAACCGGACUGUCCGCAGGAAAGGUGGAUGUAUACUAUUACAGUCCGAAUGGUAAGCGGAUCGAGAGCAAACCUCAGCUGGCCCGGGCCCUUGGGGAUACAAUUGAUCUGUCCACUUUCGAUUACCAAGCCGGACGUACCGUCCCCACCGCAACACACAUGAUGUUGCAGCACAAUGCUCUCAAGCGAAAGUUGGUGCCGCCGACGAGUGGGUCAGUGCCACCACCACCGGUUCCAAUUUACCACCAGAUAACAACGGGAGCGGCGGCAGGAAGACAGCAGCAGCAGCAGUUUGACUACAGCCGUGGUAUGCGAGCGGAUACUUCGCUUAUUCCCCCGAUUCGCCAGACGGCAUCUAUUUUCAAACAGCCGGUCACCGUUGUGCGUUCACAAGAGGGAGAGGUUAAACGAGAUUUGCAACACGGUAAGCAAAUCAAACCGAAGCAGUUGUUCUGGGAGAAGCGAUUAGAGAAUCUGCGCGCUAACAACGUGUUCAACGAGGAAAUUGGCUCGCUGGAGCUCCCGAAGCGUUUGCGAGCUGUGGGACCGGGAGUUAACGAAGCCACCGUCCUCCAAUCGCUGGCAACGGCGCUUCACCACAACACCCAUCCGGUUACGGGCCAAACCGCGUCAAAAACGUCACUCAACACGAGCGCCGGUGUGUUUCUGAAUCCGGACCAGCCACUGAUGCAUGUGGCUACCAUUACCGAGGAUGACAUCAAAAAGCAAGAGGAACGAGUCCAGUACGCCCGAUCGCGACUGCAAGAAGCUCUUCGAACAUAGAUUAGGAUAAUUAGCCUUUGUUUUCCUCGAACUGAUUCUUUUUUUUUUUAAUAAAAAAAGCAAACGCUGCUUUUUGUUUAGUUUAUAAGUUUGCCUGAGGGAAGAAGGCCAACAUUUUUAACGACAUUAGCAACAAACAAUUAUGAUUAUCACGGUCAUCAGGAAAUUAUCACGCGUAAGGUAUAUCAGUAAAUUGAUUUUAAUUACAGCGAGUGGAUCUAAUAA